AUGCGUAGCGGUGAAUCCGAUUUCCUCGAUGGCCUUGAAGGUACUGAAAUAGUCACCCCGGCCCAGCCAGACUUCGAAUUGCCUGAGAGAACGUGGGUUAUCACUACCAAACUUGAAGAAGUUUCGCUUUCCAUGCACCAGGAAGAUCUUGAAGAUAGCAUUGGUCCUGGAUUCACAGCAACGACAUCCCUUUGUCAUCUUAAGAGCGACGAUCAUCAACCCCCAGCUUUCUUACGACUAUAUUGUCAAACACCAGUCAUCGGGACAGAAUGGAGUCUACCACAACAGCGCGCAAAUCAGGCAGCAGCAUUUUUUGAGCCCGCAGAACUGUCAGCCUUCAAAACAUUUAUGAAACACUCAUGUCCUGUUGUUCCGCAGCUCCUUGGUUAUGAUCAUACCCUGCAAGCGGAUACCGGAAUUAUCCCCAGAGGCUACAAGAAAGCUUCUAUAUUGUAG